AUGCCACUGCGGUUCUCUUUGUAUGAGUUUGGAGAGACUACAAGGCUAAAUUGGGAUCAUUUCGACAAGAAUGACCUUUGGGAUAUGGAUCAUAAAGAAUUUUGGUUGGACAUGACGGUACUGACUUCAGAAGGCCCUACAUUCAGAGACUUACAAGCCAGUUUUCCUAUUUGUAGAAAAUGCUCUCGGGAGAAACGAGUGAUGGUAGGUUUGUUGGGUCUGUUAUGCAUCGGGAUAUUUGGGAUUUCAAACAACAGCAGAAUACCUUUGCAUUGUGCCAAAAGGGUGAUGGACCUAGCAGCUUUCCAGCGAUAUCCAUGGGGUCGUGUAGGAUUUAGUAGCCUUAUUGAGUAUAUUAAACUAGCCACGUAUGAAGGAAAGAAGAGUUACACUCUUCGUGGGUAUGUUCAUGUGCUCUUAAUAAGGAUUUAUGAGCAUGUGCCUGGUGUAGCAUAG